GUUAACCUUUAAUAAAGGGAUGCGUGACAGGUGAUCUCAAUUAAGAGCUAAUCAGAAAAAACACACUGAUCGGCCAUGAGUGAGACUAUCAAAACGAGGACGAGGAUUUAACGGAAUUGUUACAAAGGGACACUGUGUAAUAUUUUGAGUAAUUUAUUACCUCAAAUCAACAUAUUCAUUCAUAAAUAAGUCCUCAUUGGUGUAAAAUUAUCUCUGCCAAAAAUCUCACUUAUCCUCCUGAGCGAAGAAUAAUUAAUAUUAAUAUCAAUAUGGUUACAUAGGACCAGGACGGGUAAGCUUCAUGGAGGCUUCCAUUUUCUUCCGGUCUAUGAGCUGCCGAGAGGGACAAAAAGCACUACGUCGUACAGGAAUUGCAAACGCGUUUUUACUCUGAGCCAGCGUGACGGUGGAACAGAGCUUAGUUUAGCGAGACGAGUUUUACCGGCAAAUUUGAACAUGCACCGCAUUUUUUUGAAAGACCAUAGUUAUGCCACGCCACAGGAGAAGGAAUCAUCGUCGCCAAAAAAACGAAAAAGAGCGUUAAAAAUGCAACGUGACCAGCGAAUACAGAAAAGGAGGGUAAACAUCGGAGUCGCUUUUCCAAGGUGGAAAGAGCUGAUGAAGUUGAAAGAUUUUGAAAGGGAUGCCGAUGUUGCCUGCUUUCUUCUCGACAGUUAUGAGAGAACUCUUGGGAUUCGGAACGAAUCAACCCCCAUGAAGCCAAACCGGAAUGAAGUGCCAACUGCUGCGAUAUUGUCCAGUAUUUCCAGUGGGACAGAUAGAGAUGAACAUCUAUGCGCAAUUGCAGAGGCACCGGAAAUUGAAACUCUUGACAACAGCCUGCAUGACAUGAGCAUUGGAGAAGAGGAGCUGAAUGAAAAUCCCUUCAAUGAUCACAUGAACAGUGUGAUUGAUUGGGCAGAAGAGGGGCCCACAUUUCACAGGGACCCGGACGACAGCUCUGAUGAGGAAUAUCUUCCACCAAUUUCUUUGAGAAUGGGUUGUGCACUGAAGGGAGCGCAGGCGAUAGAUAAUCUACCAACUAUCGGGAUCGAUGAGACUGUGCACGACCUGCCUGCCCCUGAAGUCCUUUCUGAUGAGCCCUUGACUCUCAAGCAGCCAAUUUUGCCAGGCCCUCAGACGGUCCUUAGUGACGCUGAUAUCGUUGGCGUCAGAGCAGCAGUCAUGUAUGAGAACAGCUUGAGGCAGCUUGUCACAUUUUUAACUCUGCCAUUGGACACAUGCACUGGUGUCUUGAGGAACGGUUCGGUGUGUGAGAGUGUUGCUCCCUUUCCAACAGUCAUCGCCACCAGGGGCACUGCAAUGAGCGUCGAAUGGAUCUGCCCUAAUGGACAUUGCCUAUGGCGGUGGAACUCCCAGCCUGUGUUGAAGUUUGGCAUGCAGGCCGGGGACUUUCUACUUUCCUCAAACAUCUUGCUGUCUGGAAACAACUACGCUAAAGUUGCUCUCCUCCUCAAGUUCAUGAACAUCCGAAUGGUUAACCCGACCACCCACUACACAAUCCAGGACACGUACUGUGUUGACACCAUCAAAGAAUACUGGGAAGAGAAGAGGUCUGAGGCCAUCAGCCGACUUCAAGGGAAAGAUGUUGUGCUCUUGGGUGAUGGCAGAAAUGACUCACCAGGGCAUUCGGCACAAUACUGCAGCUACACAACCAUGGAGCUUGAUUCGAAGGAAAUUGUCUAUGUGGCCACUAUAGACAAGCGGCAGACAAACUGGAACUCCAAUAUCAUGGAAAAGGAAGGUUUUAUCCAGACUGUGGAAAAACUAACCCAUGAGAUAAAGGUAGUGGAAUUCUGCACAGAUGCCCAUGUCCAGAUUGGAGCCCUUUUGAACCCAGACAAAGGCAGAUACAAGGAGCUCAGGAUUCACCGCAGCCUUGACAUUUGGCAUGGUGCCAAAAACCUGUCCAAAAAAAUUGCUAUUGUAAGUUCUAAUGCAUCCAAUUUUAUACAUAACACUACCCUGUACCGGCCUGCAUGUCAGUUGAAUCAUUGUAUUUUGCUUGAUCUCCAUGCAAAAAUACAUGCACGGAAUAAUUUGCAUUGUUUGUUUUGUUUAUCCCCUCAAGGCAGGAAAGUUGAAAGGCCAGUCUAUUCUCCUUCACUGGUUGAGGGAUGUAGUCAACCAUUUCUGGUGGUGCUGCAAGAAAGCAGAUACAUUUCAGCAGUUUCUUGCACUUUGGAUUGGGGUUCUCCAUCAUGUGUGGAACCAUCACACCUGGGAGACUGGAAGCUGCCAACAUGAUCACCUCGAAUACACUCAUGAAAAGCAGUGGAUUGAGAGGGAUUCCCAGAGCCACAAAGCACUAGUGAACGUUGUCCUCAACCAGCACUGGCAGAAGGAUGUCCACAAGUAUCUGCGCUUCAGGAAAAGUGUGGGGACAUGACAAUUAAAUAGACAUUUCAGAGCUGUUAGAAAUGUGUGGGUGUGUGUUUCUUUCUCAAUUUUUUUUUUUUUAUUCAUCCAGAUCAACAGCACACCUUGAGUCAUUUCAGAAUCACAUUCUGAUGUAUGCCAGCAAGCACCAGGCCUUCACUCCCCGAGGGUAUGACUCAAGAGUUUUGCUCGCAGCUCUGGACUACAAUUUCCACCACAAACUGCCAACUUACAGGACGGCUGAGGGCCAACAAGUGUAUGUGUAACUCAUUAAAAAUUUCUGUUCAAAUAAUUGCAUAUUCCUAUUGUCUAACAAUUACGUGAAUUUAGUUGUCAUAAUGACUUGUAAUACUUGCCUUUUAUAUUUAGUCUUAGAAAGAAGUACAAUAAGAAUGCCAGAAGAUACAGCCUCUACGCCUUAAAAUGUGAGAAAUCAUAUGAUUACAUCCCUGAGUUGCAAGUGCGUAUUGUGAAUGGAAGAGUUGCAAGCGGGGUUGGGAUGCCACGAAAGAGGACCCUACGCCCGGAUGACCCAAGGCAGCUUGGUGUUGUGCCCCCGAUACCUCCACCACCGAUGUCAGAGUUGGUACGCACGCAUGUCAGCAGAGGCCUAGGAUCAGCCCUCGAUGCUGCUAGCCACAUUGAGGCCGAUUGAGCAGUUGUUUGGUGUUGCUGGUGUUUGAGGUGUAAACAUUUUUGUAAAUAUGAAUA